AUGGUGGAAUCACAGUGGCGUUUCGGAGGAAACUCGAAAGUGAUCAGAGCAGGAGCGAUGACGUUGAGAGGGGUGAUGGACGGAGUUAUGAAAAUUUUAGAUGAAAAUGAUGGUAGAGGCGUUAUUCAUCUAAGCCAAGGCGAUCCCUUCUCCUUCCCUUGCUACCGAACAGCUGCUUUCGUGGAAAAUGCAGUCUCUAAUGCCCUACGCUGUGCCAACUUCAACAGCUACUCCUCCACCGCCGGUCUCUCCGCUGCCCGGAGUGCUGUAGCAGAGUAUCUCUCAAAAGACCUUCCCUACAAUAUAGCAAGUGAUGAUGUUUUCUUAACCAACGGAUGCACCCAAGCAUUGGAAGCCGCUCUAACCGUCCUUGCCUGCCCGGGGGCAAACAUUCUGCUUCCCCGGCCGGGUUACCCUGACUACAAGGCCAGGGCAGCCUUUGCGGGCCUUGAGGUCCGCCACUUUGACUUAGUCCCUGAAAACGACUGGGAGGUUGAUCUGGCUGCCAUGGAAGCCUUGGGAGAUGAGAAUAUGGUCGCCAUCGUUAUAAUAAACCCUGGAAAUCCAUGUGGGAAUGUUUUCAAAUAUGAACACUUGAAGAAGAUUGCAGAAACAUCACGAAAGAUGGGGAUAUUAGUGAUUGCAGAUGAAGUUUAUGGCCAUCUUACUUUGGGAAGCAAUCCAUUUACACCAAUGGGAGUUUUUGCAUCAAUUGCUCCCAUUAUUACACUUGGAUCAUUGUCUAAGAAAUGGAUAGUGCCAGGUUGGAGAAUUGGUUGGCUUGUCCUAAAUGAGCUAGAUGGCAUCCUCACUAAGCAUGGGAUUGUUGACACUAUCAAGGGUUUUUUUAACAUUUCAUCCGACCCUGUGACCUUUAUACAGGCGGCGCUUCCCGAGAUUUUAUUGAAGACUCCAACUGAAUUCUAUGACAAGAUUGUAAAUCUGUUUAGAAAAUCAGCAGAUAAAUGUUACAAACUUACCAAUGAUAUUCCAGGCAUUAGUUGCCCCAUCAAACCUCAAGGAUGCAUGUUUCUUAUGAUCAAACUGGAUUUGUCGAAGCUGGAAGGUAUUAAGGAUGAUUUGGAUUUCUGCUGCAAAUUAGCUAAGGAAGAAUCGGUUGUACUUGUUCCAGGUGAAUUUUUUUGGAUGAAAAAUUGGAUGAGAGUGACAUUUGCUGUGGAGGAAUCAUACAUCGACGAAGCCUUUCGAAGAAUGAGGGCUUUCUGUGAAAGGCAUGCCAAGAAACAUACCAAAAUAUCAUAUCAUGGAAUAAGCUGUGGUUCGAAAAAACCAUUUGAUGCAUCUAACCCUAGAAAUGAUGUUCAAGAAUCAGUCAGCGUAGUUCAGCAUUGGGUAGACCACCAAGGGCCUACUUCAAAGCAAGAUGUUCCAAAACCAACUGAUGCAAAGGGAAUGAGCAGUGGUUCGAAAAAACCAUUUGAUGCACCUAACCCUAGAAAUGAUAUUCAAGAAUCGGCCAGCGUAGUUCAGCUUUGGGUAAACCGCCUAGGGCCUACUUCAGAGCAAGAUGUUCCAAAACCAACUGAUGCAAAGGUUUGUGUGCAGGGUCGUGUAAUCAACUGA